AUGUAUGCCGAAAAGUUGUAUCUCAAAUGUCUUCCAUGGCAAUUUGAUUGUCAUUUUGGUAUUCCACGAUGCAUUUCACAGUUCAAAGUUAACGAUGGUGCAAUCGAUUGCAUUUCUGGAUUUGAUGAAGGUUGUCCACCACAUAAUUUCGUUUGUGCUGAUAAAAGCGCAUGCAUUGAUUUUUCAAAAUAUCAGGAUGGUAUAGCACAUUGCAAGGACAAAUCGGAUGAACCAUGUCCAGCUGGUGAUUUUUUAUGCAACGAUCAUUCGCAGUGUAUUGAUGGAAAACGUUUUCAGGAUGGCUUUUCCGAUUGUAAAGAUGGUUCAGAUGAAGAAUGUACAGUUACUCAAUUUGAAUGUAGUUGUGGAACAAUUCGAUGCAUAGAUGCUGAAAUGCUAAAAGAUGGUAAAAAAGAUUGCGAAGAUGGCUCCGAUGAAAUUGGCCCAUCAGCGCAAAAGUUUUGCGCAAAUGGUAAAUUAAUUCGACAAAAUAGAGCUAAAAAUCGUACCGUACAAUAUCCAACAUAUAGCGCAAUUGCAAAAUGUCCUGAUCCAUCGAUUUGUAAUGAUCAAUUGGGAGAAAUAUGCAUUAUGGUUGGUGGUGCAACGCAUUGUGUUUGUAAAAAAGGAACCAUUCGACCGCAAGGUUCACCGCGGUGUGUAUUGGAACCUUUACUUCAACAAUACCUUAAUAAUAUUAUUGGUAAUUGCACCGAAAUUCAGAAAGAUUUAAUCGAAGUUUAUGGCGAGAAAAUAAGCUUUUCAAAUGAUUCACCUCGUCUAACUUAUGCUCGUAAAGAAACAGGAUGUGAUCCAAAGUCAAAAAUACCAUGCAAAGGUUAUGGUGAGAUAUGUCGGCCAGAUUCAUCUGGUCGUCAUCGUUGCACAUGCGCAAACAAUGGUACUCGUAUGGAUAGCAUUUGCUUAGUAAAUGAGUGUAUGAGCCCAGAAUUAAAUGAUUGCGAUCCAAAUGCAUCCUGCAUGGAUAGCAUACUAUCAUAUGAAUGUUUCUGCAACGAAGGAUUCAUCGAUACUUCAAUUUCACCUAAAAUACGACCUGGAAUUAAAUGCGCAAAAUUGGUGGAUGAAUGUGCAUCAAAAGCUGCAAAUCAAUGUGAUGAAAAUGCGGAUUGUAUUGAUAAGCCGAUCGGUUACACAUGUCGUUGUCGUAAUGGCUACGUUGAUAUUUCGGAAGGUGGCGCAAGAAAUCCGGGGCGGAAAUGUCAUAAAUUAAUGGAUGAAUGUCAAAUGGGUUUAGCUGAUUGUGAUCCAAAAGCAAUUUGCAUAGAUAUGACAUAUAGUUAUACAUGCAAAUGUCCACAUGGUUUUGCAGACAAGUCAACAGAUCCGAUUAAUAAGCCUGGUCGAAUUUGUUCCAAAUUGAUCAAUUCAUGUGAUUCACCGAACUUUACGGGAUGUCAAUCGAAAGAAUCGAAAUGUAUUGGUACAAAAGAUGGUUUUGUAUGCCGUUGCAUCGAUGGCUAUAUCGAUCUAAAUCCGGCAAAUCCGGGAAUAAAUUGUUCUAAAGCAGGUCGAGAGUUGGACAUAAUUGAAGAGAAGGUUGAAAUUAUAAUUAGUGGAAAGGUGGGAAAGAUAAGAGAACAGUGUAGAGGUGGGGGUGGUCUCUGUCUUCGGCGACCAUUUCUGUUGUUACCUUUGCCGAUCAAAGAAGGGUUUUGA